CGCCUGAGGUCGCUGUUCGGAGCGUCGCCUCUCCUUCUUCUCUUUCGGUUUUGGAGUGAAAAUGGAGAAACGCUGCACGGACUCACAAGUCAAAGGAGUCAGCACAGGGACCACCAUCCUGGCUGCUACUUUUGAUGGAGGGGUCGUGAUUGGGUCAGAUUCCAGGGCUUCCAUUGGAGGGGAAUAUGUAUCAUCUAAGACAAUCAACAAGGUGAUUCAGGUUCAUGACCGGAUCUUCAGCUGCAUGGCUGGCUCACUCGCAGAUGCUCAGGCCGUCACCAAGGCUGCAAAGUUCCACCUGUCCUUCCACAGUGUCCAGAUGGAGACCCCUCCACUGGUGAUAGCAGCAGCCUCGGUGCUGAAAGAACUGUGUUACAAAAACAAAGACGAGCUGCAGGCCGGCUUCAUCACAGCAGGUUGGGACAGGAAGAAUGGAGCACAGGUGUACGUCGUGUCUCUAGGCGGGAUGUUAAUCAGACAGCCAGUUACCAUCGGUGGCUCAGGCAGCACUUACAUCUACGGCUAUGUUGACGCCAAAUACAAACCCAACAUGAGCAAAGAGGAAUGCCUACAGUUUGCAACUAAUGCUCUUGCUCUGGCCAUGGGCAGAGACAACGUCAGCGGGGGCGUGGCUCACCUGGUGGUGGUCACGGAGAGCGGGGUGGAGCAUGUGGUUGUUCCUGGUGACAAGCUGCCUAAGUUCCAUGAUGAAUAAAAUAAAAUUUGGAUAAAAAAAAAAAAAGUAGCCUAAUCCUUUGAAAUCCAU